CGCUGCUUCCGUAGACUCCGCGCAGAAGGAGCUGAUCUCCGGCGUCUUCCCCUCCUCAUAGCCGCCGCCGCCGCCGCCAUGUGGCGGAGCUCUCUGAGUUUCUCUUCCGCGAGAAAGCUUCUCUCAUCGUCAUCGUCGUCGUCGUCUUCUUCAACCCAUCACUCAUUCUACAGCGUCGCCACUCGGCCACUCCAGUCCCUCUCCGCCGCGGCGCCGCCGUCGCAUCCGAACCCGCCGGUUGCGGCGACGUCAGGGGUAGGGCUUAUCGGCAGAGCCGAUGGGGUCAGGGGCUUUGCCUCCUCUUCUCCCGCUGCCGUCGCUGCCGCUGCCGCUGCCUUCGACGUCUCUGCCCUCGCUUCCUCGAGGGCGAGGGACGCGGUGGACUUGGCCCGUCACUACGGGCGGUGCUAUUGGGAGCUGUCGAAGGCUCGCCUUAGUUUGUUAGUUGUUGCUACCUCUGGAACCGGGUUUGUUCUUGGGAGUGGGAGUGCGGUUGACAUUCCAGGGCUUUGUUGGACUUGCGGUGGCACCAUGAUGGUCGCAGCUGCUGCAAACUCCUUGAAUCAGGUCUUUGAGAUAAACAAUGAUGCUAAAAUGAAGAGAACAAAGCAAAGACCUCUACCUUCGGGGAGGAUAUCUGUACCUCAUGCAGUUGCUUGGGCAUCUUCUGUUGGUGUAGUUGGGACUGCACUAUUGGCAUAUCAGACUAAUGCAUUGGCUGCGGGAUUUGCUGCUUCCAAUCUUAUUCUUUAUGCUUUUGUAUACACACCACUGAAGCAGAUUCACCCUGUAAAUACUUGGGUUGGAGCUAUUGUUGGUGCCAUUCCACCCCUUCUUGGUUGGGUUGCGGCUUCUGGUGAAAUUUCUCUCAACUCGAUAAUUCUCCCGGCUGCUCUCUACUUCUGGCAAAUACCCCAUUUCAUGGCUCUGGCACACUUGUGUCGCAAUGAUUAUGCUGCUGGAGGGUUCAAAAUGCUAUCCCUUGGUGAUGCUCUGGGGCAGAGAACUUCUUUAGUAGCUUUAAGGAACUGCCUCUAUCUGGUUCCUUUGGGGUAUUUAGCCUAUGACUGGGGUUUGGCAACCGGGUGGUUCUGUCUGGAAUCAACACUCCUUACGCUCGCUAUAAGUGCUACAGCAUUUUCGUUCUAUCGGGACCGUACCAUGCAGAAGGCGAGAAGAAUGUUCCAUGCGAGCCUCUUGUAUCUUCCUGUAUUUAUGUCUGGCCUCCUCUUUCACCGUGUCUCGGAUAAUCAUCAAGAUCUCUCAGAGAGCCGCUCACUCAAAUAUAACGAGCUCUCAUCUUCUCUGGAAACUCCAUUAGAAGAAAAUGGUUCUUCCAAGAGAAAAAAGAGUGCGAGGACACAAGCACGACCGCCGGUUGCAUAUGCAUCUUAUGCACCAUUUCCUUUUCUACCUGCUCCUUCUUACACUGUCCCUCAUUGAAUCCGAGUCUUUCAAUUUUAAAGUUUUUGCAAGAAAAUCCUUGCUGUAAGUUUUUCAGAUUUUGUCAAGGAAAUGCACCCGUAUACAUGUCAAUAAUGUUGGGCGGGGGGAUGAAAUUCAAAAUGGGUGGAGCCAGAGGCUGUUGAUCAUUUUUGUGGUGAGGGUGUGCACUUUCUGUUGUUGAAUAAUGAUUAUGGACUUGUAAAUUGGAUUACUGCCCGGUUUUCAUUUGACGGAGAGGAAUGUACAUUUCACCCUGGAAUUUGGGGUGAGGAGUAAUUAGCCACUAAGCUGUAAAUUGUAACAUUUGGUAACUCGCUCAUACUAGUCCGCUAGUCAUUUUGGCAUCA